UAUUCAUUGGUUUCGCGUAAAAACAUUCAGCAUAACGCCAUGUGCGAAGGUAAGAAAAGUAGAGCAUGUGUUAUGUUGCAGAAUGGAUGAGAAUUCAGUGUGUCCAUGUGCCACACUGUGUUAAGAGCUUCACAUAUAUUCUUUCAUUUCAUCUCCACCACAAGUUUGUGAAGUAGGAAUAAUGCCCAUCUCACAGGUCAGAAGACUUGAGUUCAGAGAGAUCAAGUAACUUGCCCAAGGUAACCCAACUCUGAAAAGCCAGAAUGGAGUGCCAGUCAGGUGCUGUCUGUCCCUACCCAGCCUAUUUCCGCUCUCCAUUUUCAAAGACAACCCCCCCAACUACACUUGAGCAACUCCAGGGGGCAACAUUCCCAUUUAAUUCUAUGUAAAUGAUUCUCCUGGACCUCAACUGCGGAGGGAAAUCAAAAUGGCUUUGAUGAAAGCAUACACUCUCAAGGGGUUUUUAGCCUGAUUGUAGAAUAAAGACAAGUAUGUGCACAUGUCCUAAAAACAAUAUAAAAUACCAAAAGAGGAGAACAGAGGUUGGGGGAUUCUUAUGCUGGGAUUGAAGGCAUGGCAUCUGGGAAGAUGUAGAAGCAGCAGCAUUUGAAGUGAGCUGAGAAGGAUGGCUACAAGUUCAACAGAUAUUAUGGUGUGGGAGAGAUACUUUCUUGGAGAGACAGUGGGUUGUUCUGUAAGGCCUUUCCAAGGACUUGAGAUUAGCACAAUUCUGCUGGAAAAGGUCACACUAGUGACAUCAUGGAGGAAUGAAUUCAGUUGAAGGGACAGCAAAGGACAGAUCUGAAAUCCAAGUACACACCUUGACUGAUAUCUCUCCAGUUCUGUGUAUGCCUCAUCUUCUCAAUCAGGGAAUCCAGAACUGCUUAACAGAGUGACACUGGCAUGUGAAGUCCCAUCUAAUGCUCCAGUAACUUAAGAAACUCAGAAAAUUAGGAGGAAUUUUGAAGGAGGAGGCAGUGGAAUCGGGUUUCAGGACCUAACACUCCUCUUUUCUCCUCCCUGUUCCACCUUCCAUUCACUCCAUCUUUGAAACAUCAGACCUUUCCCUUCCAAUGUCUUGGCAGUGCCAGUUUGGGGAAAUAAAGGAGUUGGUUUUGUAGUUCCAGAAGUCCAACUUGGAGAGAAGAAGGACGUGCUUGGCCCACAGAUAAGACAUCUCUGACUCCUUUGGCCUGCUCUCGAGCAUUCCUACGCCAUUGAUGCCUUCAAGAGAAAUGCAUAAUUUGGAUUUGGGUGCGACAACCUGCACAUGUACCACAAACAGUCGAAGAAGGAACAGAAAGGAGAGUGACCUCAACUGCCACUAGGCCUGGGGCCUUGGGGACGUGAAGAAACGUGCUCCACAGAGCUGACUGCCGUCUCAGAAGGGACUUGCCCUGUGUCCGGAAAUGGGUUCCAUAGAUCUUACUGCUGUGUAGGAAGAGAUUUAAACUGCCAGGAAGUUCUGAACUCUGCUCCCAUGCUGCCUACAGGGAUGAGGUGGAGCUGUUGCCACCCCCCACCCCUACCCACUGUGACAUGCUGCCCCGCCCCACCGGAGGGGACAGGUCUGGUGUUAUGUGGAGAACUCAAUGAGCAAGGAGAGAACGUUUUCUGAAAGUUCUGACAAUCGGUUGGGAAUCUCAGUGGGAACUGAAGAAAUCUCAGUUGGGAAGAGAAGGGAAACCACAAUGGAAGGAGCUGGACGGGACCCACUGGAUAAUGUGCAGGAGAUGAUGGACAUACCGAAAUUAGAAGUCACAAAACAGAACCUUGACUACCUGAACUCAGACCUUGAAAAGGACCUGCAGAGACUGGAUGAGGCAAAUCAAGUUCUUCUCAGAAAAAUUCAAGAGAAGGAAGAAGCUAUUCAAAGUCUGGAAGGAGAGAUUGUCCUGUCACUAGGACAAGCCAGCGAGAGGGAGGAAUUGAACCAUAUCAAACCUGAGGAGGAGGAGACCUUGAGGAACCUGGAAUCAGAGACAGUCAAGUUGGAAAAAAGUAACAAGAUUCUGAGCAGGAAUGUGGUGGAGCUUCAGAAGAAGAUUUCAAGGAGACAUAAGAAGGAUGACCUCAAUAAAGAAACCCUGAAGCCAAUGUUGGCAGAACUGAAGGGGAGACUACAAAAGUCAAUAGAAUCCUGCACAAGGGAAGAGAAGGAACUGCUCCAGAUGGAAAGCGACUACCAAUCUUUGCACCAGCUCUGUAAGGACCAGGCCCACUACAUAAAGAAAUACCAGGAAAUUCUGAGAAAGAUGGAAAAAGAAAAAGAGGUGCUGCUUCUUGAAAAAGAAGUAUUCAAAGCCCAGAACGACUCUUCGCAAAUAGUGAAACCUGGGUCAAUUCUGGUAGAAACCAUCCAAAGCAACAUGGAGAAGACCAUCAUUAAGAAACAGAAGAGAAUCUUUUGGUACAGACAUUUCAGGUGUCUUGUCUUCAUGAUCAUGAUCUUCAUUAGGCUGCUGGGCUAUGCGCUUUUCCACCUGCAGUACGUAAACCCAGACCUUCUUGUGGAUACCCUGCCCAUGGUAAUGAGCAGGGACACCUUGAAGAGGCUGAGGAAGGUCUUAUUUCCCCUCCUCACUCUAGAGGUGGAAGAAGUUCUACCGCAUUAGUCUGAAGUAACGUGGGGGGCUCCACAUGCCCCCAGUGAAGAAGGGGGACAUGGCUGUAGCCCUGAGUCGGGGAUGGGUCAAGAAGGAAGUAGAAGCCUUGACUUGGACAUCUGCCCUCUUCAUUUCAUUCUAGUCCCUUGCUUUCCCUUUGCAUGGCUCUCUUUUAAAUAAAGACUAUGUUUGA